AUGAAGGAAUGCGCCUCCGGCCACAGCGUCUGGGGCCCCGCAGACGACGCCCGGCUCUUCGCCACCUUCCAGGGCGCGCUCGUCACCACCCGCGACGAGCUCCGCCUCCUCCGCCCCCCGCAGAACCGCGACCGCGGCGGCGGUGAGGGUUCCGUCUUCCGUGGGCCCGUGACGCGCACGCAGACGCGCAUCCUCGCAGGCCAUGGCCAGCGCGUCCAGUUCGCGUUCAGGAUCGGGUCGCGCUCGGUGCGGCGGUACGGGAUGCCGAUGUACGCGCUCGCGAACGCGACGGAGGAGGAGGUCGCGAAGCACAUGGCGGACGGGCGGGAGCGCGUGAAAGAGCUCAUGCGCCAGGUGCUCCUGAAGCGCGUCCGGGUCCGGUUCGAGUGGCCGAUCCCGGGCGAGGACGCCGGGUUCUUCCACUACGAGGAGUGGGUCAAGUUCGACUCGAAAUGCACCAAGGCGCGGUUCGCGAUGACCGUCGCGCGCGUGUUCCAGACGUUCGUCGAGAAGCACUAUUAUUUGCCGGAUCCCCACGGGCCCGCCGACUCGCCUUGGGUGCUCAGGCCCGACGCGUUCUACCGCGUGUGGCUGCACGGGCUGGAGCGUGUGGAGAACUCCGUGUUCGUGGCUCACCUCAGGUACAUCAAGAGAUACCCGAACGAGACCUCUUGA